UCGGGGAAGAGUACGGUCUCUUCCAUGUUCAAGAACAACAAUGUCCCAGUCGUCGAUGCAGAUGUCAUUGCUCGCGUACUCUCUACUCGUUUUGCUUUUUGCUUUUGCCCAUCAACUGUUCGAUGGAAUUACAAUUAGAAAAUGGUACUACUAGUUUUUUUUUUUUUUUGCAGGAUGCCUUGAAGAAGGGUUCCGGCGGGUACAAAAAGGUGGCGGAGGCGUUUGGGCCGGACAUUUUACAAGAUGAUGGCCAUGUUGAUCGUUUGAAAUUGGGCCGAAUCGUAUUCUCUGAUGCCGCUAAACGUCAACUCCUCAAUCGGUUAUUGGCUCCCUAUAUUUCUUCUGGCAUCUUUUUAGAAAUUUUAAAGCUCUGGAUAAAAGGUCAUAAGGUGAUUGUUCUUGACAUUCCUUUGUUGUUUGAGGCCAAGUUGGAUAAGUGGACAAAACCCAUCGUUCUUGUAUGGGUUGAUCCUGAAACACAGCUUCGACGACUUAUGGAAAGAGAUAACUCAACAGAGGAGGAUGCCAGAAAUAGGAUAAAUGCUCAGAUGUCUCUAGAUUUGAAGAAGAACCGAGCUGAUAUAGUGAUAGAUAACAGCGGAUCACUUCAGGAUUUGCAGGAAAGGUUCAGUGAGGUACUGUCUCGGGUCAAAAGGCCCUUGACGUGGACUGAAUUCUGGCUUUCCAGGGAUGGAGCCUUGUCAGCUUUUCUUGGUGUGAUAAUAGGUGUUCUUGUGGUCAAGAAAAUCUUUUAGUAAUUUGUAGGUAACACAAAUACAAUCACCAUCAUCUUGUGGUUUAAAAUUGGUUAUCUCUUACUUAAAGAUUGUAUUCUUGAUUGCUUAUUGUUAGAUAUUGAAGUGCCUUUUGGUACGAUGGAAUGCAUUUUAUACCAUGAAA